AUGACAAAGUUGUUCUCGCUAAACGAUGUGAACAAACAGAAGCAUUAUAUGCUUUCAGCAAAGGAUGCUCUUUACCAAUCGUCUGAUGUGAAGUUUUUUGAUCCGAUACCCUCAACCCAGUCAAGAUUCCAAAAUGCGAUUGAGCUUCAACGACAACAAAUGUUUCAUAUCAAGUGCAAGAUUGAAAGUCAAAGGUUGUCAGCAGAUACAAAAUACUCAUGUUACCUUGUGUUCAAGCUUUCAAAAAAAUGCCAUGGCUUGCAUUGCCCUGUAAUAGUACGAGAUUUACUCCAACAACGCCAAAACAAAGAGAAGGGAAUUGUUUAUUUUAGAUCCCCAAGCCCAUGUAAUGUCAAUGAUACUGAUCGGGUUCCAGUUGAGAGAGAAGAUGGAUGGAGGGAGAUUAAUGUGUGGAAAUUCAACUCAAGUAAUAAGCUUCGAGAUGAUUGUGUUUCUAUCAAUUUGAAGCUGAUAAGUUAUGAAGGAACUAUGUCUGGACUCAUUAUAAGCAGCCUCGAGUUUCGGCCGAUGUAAGCAGAUAACUUCAUUUUAGAGAUGUUAGUGUUGAUUAUGUAAUUUUUCCUUAUACAACUCUACUUUCUCAUUAUCCUUUAAAAC